CCCCUAUCCUAUGAGGUGGUGAAGUUGUCAACGCCGCAUGCACUGAGAGACUCGACUUACGCAGCCCAGGAGCUAGCUAUUCAACACUCUCACUCAGCAUCUCAACUGUUGAUUGAGUCAAGCCAGAUUCGCCAUGGACUCCAACUCUCGCUGUGAACGUGACCAACAUGAGCCCGUAGCGAUUGUGGGCAUGGGAUGCCGAUGGCCUGGCGGCGUCUACAAUCCCUCGCAGUUCUGGGACUUCCUCUGCAACAAGGUGGACGGCUGGAGGGAGUUUGACGACCCACGCUUCUCUACGCGCGGGUUCCAUCACCCUAACGGGGACCGGCCCGGUGGCUUCGCCAUGAAGGGGGCAUUCCUUACCGAGCAGGAUGCCCGCCUCUUCGACCAUACCUUCUUCGGCAUGACCAGCCUCGAGGUCGAAACCAUGGACCCAUCGCAACGUAAGCUGCUCGAGGUGGCAUACGAGGCGAUAGAGAAUGCUGGUGAGACAUGGGAGAGCAUCUCUGGAUCCCGGACUGGCGUCUUCGUUGGCAACUUCUGUUUGGAUCACUGGAUGAUUCAGUCCCGCGAUUGGGACAACCCGAGGCCCUAUGCCUUUGUUGGCGCCGGAACCAGCAUCCUCGCAAACCGCAUCAGCUACAUUUUCAACCUACAAGGGCCAAGUCUUACCGUCGAUACCGCCUGCUCGUCUUCCAUGUACGCCCUGCAUCUGGCAGUGAACGCGAUCCGCGCUGGUGACUGCGAUGCGGCUAUUGUGGCAUCCGCGAACUGGAUCGCGGACCCCGGCGUCCAGAUUGCCCUCGACAAGCUUGGCGCGCUGUCUGCAUCGUCGAGGUGCCACACCUUCGAUGCCAGAGCCGAAGGGUACGCCAGAGGAGAAGGCUUCGCCGCCAUCUACCUCAAGAGGCCGUCUCUGGCGAUAGCCGAUAAGUCACCAAUCCGGGCAAUGAUCAGGGGUUCUGCCAUGAACUCCAACGGUCGCACAGGCGGUAUCACACGGCCCAGUGCCAACGGCCAAGAAGCAGUCAUCCGCGAGGCGUAUCGCCAUGCUGGCGGCCUCUCCUUCGAGGACACGAGCUACUUUGAGUGCCACGGCACUGGCACGUACGUUGGAGAUCCGAUCGAAGUGGCGGCUGUGGGGAGAGUCUUCGCUCCGGUCAGAGACGCCGACGACCCGCUGCUUGUCGGCAGUGUGAAGAGCAAUCUUGGCCAUGGCGAAGGUGCCAGCGCUUUGGCGUCAGUCAUGAAGGUUGUGCUUGCCCUCGAGAAUGGGGCGAUUCCUCCUAUCUUCGACCUCCAGACACGCAACCCGAACAUCGACUUCGACGCCGCCAAGGUCCAACCGGUUACAGAGGUAACCCCAUGGCCAAAGAACCGCCUGCGCCGAGCUAGCAUCAACUCGUUUGGAUAUGGUGGCGCGAAUGCCCACUGCAUCAUCGAUCAUGUCAACAACGUGCUGCCAGACUAUGUGGCCCCUGGCGUCUUCAAGAGCCCAGCAGAGCGCCCGACAAAUGGCCUGACCAAUGGGCAUGCAAACGGGUAUACAAACGGCCACCAGAACGGCCAUCAAAAUGGGUACCAUAACGGCCAUCGUAACGGGUACCAAAAUGGGCACCAGAACGGCUAUCAUCCGAACGGCAAUGGCCAUCUGAACGGGCACCACAAUGGGCACCAUAGCGGUUACCAAAACGGUUACCAGAACGGCUACUGGAGCGGACAAUGGAAUGGCCAUCACGACAGGGCCCUUCCCCAGCACCACCCCGUCGUGAAGAGCCCGAGGUUGACCGCCACACCCGACGCAGCAACACGGCAAUUCGUCCUGCUGCCCCUGUCUGCGCACAACGAGCAAUCACUCAAGCUAUACGUCGACGCACUGCGGGGCGUGAUCAACAAAUUCUCCUUGGCCGACAUCGCAUACACACUCGCAGCGCGGCGGUCCAGAUUUGCGCAGCGAUCCUUCUGCAUCGUGGACAAGGACGAUGCCGCUGGCGAUCUUGUCGUGGACAAGAAGCCCGUACGAGCAGCACUGCAUACUGUCAACCUGGGCUUCAUCUUCACAGGUCAGGGUGCGCAGUGGCACGGAAUGGGCGCCGAGCUGUUCGAGUACCGCGUGUUCCGCACAGCCAUUGACUACCUCGACUCCGUCCUUGGCACGCUCCCUAAUGCCCCGUCGUGGUCUCUGCGUAGCAUCCUCUCCGGCGACUGCGACCCGUCUCUGAUCCAGACUGCCGAGGUUUCUCAGGCUGUGUGCACGGCGCUUCAAGUCGGUCUUGUUGAUCUGCUCGCUUCCUGGUCUGUCCGUCCCUCGGGAGUCGCCGGACACUCAUCGGGCGAGAUUGCUGCCGCCUAUGCGUCCGGUCGCAUCACGGCUGCCGAAGCCAUUGUAGCAGCCUAUAUCCGUGGUCAGGCAGUGUCUAGGAACAGGCAGACCGGUGCCAUGUUGGCAGUCGGGCUCGGACCAGACGAGGCAGCCAAUUAUCUCGAUGGCCGGGAGGAACAGGUGAAGGUGGCAGCGAUCAACUCUCCCGGGAGCGUCACUCUUUCCGGAGAUGAAAAUGCCAUUGACGAGGUUUCCGCGGAAAUGACGGCAAAGAGCGUCUUCAACCGGAAGCUGAAGACCGGGGGCAAUGCCUACCAUUCGCACCACAUGAAGCCCAUUGGACGCCAGUACGACGAGAUGCUUGCCGAAGGAAUCGCGCACAUCCGAAAGCUUGGUCUAGUAUCUGUCGAGGAUCGGUAUCCGGCCGUGCUGUGGGCUUCGUCAGUCACGCCCGCCAAGAGCACUGCUGAGAUCGAUGACUUUGUGUCGUACUGGCGAGCGAACCUCGAGUCUCCGGUGCGUUUCUCCGAGGCCGUCACCCGUCUCCUGGACGGAAGGGACGCCCCGAUCCAGGCUCUCGUGGAAAUUGGGCCCCACGCAACACUUAAGAGCCCGCUGGAGCAGAUCAUCAAGGCGAUUGGGGCGACUGUCACAUAUGGAGCGACGGUCAAGCGUCAGGAAGACGGAAGGAAGGCGUUGUUGCAACUUGCUGGGACGCUCUUCACCUGGAACGCGCCUGUGGACCUGGCUGCCGUGAACGCUGUUGACGAGCCGGCCGCGACUGGUAUGCAGCAUGGCUGCGUUUGCACCGGUCUUCCACCGUACCAGUACACUUAUGGUGGGCUGAACUACUACGAGAGUCGGGGGAGCAAGGAGUAUCGAUACCGAUCGAUUCUCCGACACGACCUGCUGGGCUCCAAGGUCGCGGGCACCGCCAAGCUACGACCUCAGUGGCGCAACAUACUCCGUAUGAAGGACGUGCCGUGGCUGGCCGACCAUCGCCUCGUGCCCGAUGCUGUGCUUCCCGGCGCUGGAUACCUUGCCAUGGCAGUGGAAGCCGCCUCGCGGGUUCACAAAGAGUUUCCCGAGGCGCUCAAGAUCAGGGGCUUCUCCCUCCGUGAUGUCGCCAUCAACAAGAGCCUGGUAAUCCCAGAGGAUGACUACGGCGUGGAGAUUCUGACAACCCUGGAGCUGGUCGACACGGCCACGGGCCAGUCACCUGCAUGGGCGACCUUCUCCAUCAGCUCGGUUGGACGGCUAACCAACGAAUGGACCGAGCAUUGUACCGGCCAUGUCAAGGUCGAGGUUGGGCCUGCCGAGGAGCACGUGGAGCCGCACCAGGUUCUUCCUGCUGUCUCGCGCGUAGUCGACACCCGCGCCUGGUACGAGAAGUUCUUGGAAGUCGGGCUCGGUUAUGGCCCUGCCUUCCAGCCCCUUUCCAACAUCCGUGCCGAUCCAACGUCGAACCUUGCCGUGGCAACGGUCAAUCUGCACACGACGUCGCUCAAAGGAGGCGAGUCGCGUUACCCACUGCAUCCGGCUUCGCUCGACGGUGCCAUCCAGCUCGGACUGAUUGCCUGUCACGGCGGCCAUUCCAGCGAGGCCAGCACGGCGUUUGUACCUGUCCAGCUCUCUAGCCUGUAUCUCGUCAACGACAUCGACGCAAUUGCGGGAGACGCCUGCACUGUCAUCGCCCGUGGGGAGAGGCGCGGCAUCCGUAGUGCCAACCUUGACCUGCAGAUGCUUGGCCCCGGCGGCGAAAUCCUGCUCCAGGUUGAUGGCCUCCGCUGCAUCAGCUACUCUAGCGCGGCCAAGCCUGUCGACAGGAGGUUCAGCAGUCCGUUCACGCGUCUCGUUUGGAGGCCAGACAUCCGCGCGCUGAGCAACAGUCAGGCCCGCCGUCUGUACCCUCCUCCGAAGGAGAACGUGGAGAAGUCACCGGCGUGGGGAAUCACGAAUAAGCUGGCUCACUUCGUGGUUCUUAGCAUGUACGAAACCUUUGGGAAACUGCAGGACGGACCCAAACCUUCUGGUGACGUGGGCCACUUCUUUGCCUGGAUUCAGAGGAAAGGGCAAAAUGAUCGCUCCGAGCUGAUGGAGGAGGCAAGAGAGCUUGCCCGUAAGGGCGUUCUUCUCCAGAAGAUUGAAGAGCUCGCCAGUCAGGCCAAUGAUGUGAUGGAAGUCCGGAUUGCAAAGUUGCUGCACGACAACAUGGCCGAUAUCCUGUAUGAACGCAGAACAGGGAUGGACGUCAUCAUCGGCGAGGGCUUGCUCACACCUCUGUAUCAAUCCGGCCUUCUGAUGACAGGCAUCUACCCGCAGCUGCACCAUGUGCUGGCCGGAAUUGCUCAUGCGAACCCCAAUAUCCGCGUCCUGGAAAUUGGAGGCGGCACCGGAGGCGCCACACGCAUCGCCAUGAAGGCGUUCUGCGGCCCUAACGGCAUCAAGGCAUACCGGGACUACACCUUCACCGACAUUUCCGCCGGUUUCCUGUCUGGGGCGCGGGAAUCCAUGGCCGAGUAUAGGGACAUGAUCUUUUCCGUCUUCGAUAUCGAGGCAGACCCAGUCGAGCAGGGAUACGUCCUGCAGAGCUACGACCUCAUCAUUGCCUGCCAGGUCCUCCAUGCCACCUCGAAUAUGCGCAGAACGUUGGAGAACUGCCGGAAGCUCCUCAAGCCGGGAGGCAGGCUCGUCCUGGUCGAGACCAAUCAGAACUUCAUAGUUCCUGGUGUCGUUGUGGGCACGUUUACCGGGUACUGGGCUGGUAUCCCCGAUGGCCGCGUCGAUGCUCCUUUCCAGAGUUUGCCCGCAUGGGAACGCUCGCUUCGAGAAGCGGGUUUCUCGGGCCUAGAUGUCGUGUUGGAUGACUUCCCUGAGCCGCACAACACAACAUCGGUCAUUGUAUCGACGGUUCCCACGGAACCAGCGAACACGCCUCGAUCAACCACGGUCCAUGUGCUCUACAGCGGCACCGCAGCUCCCUCUCUCGGCGAGCAUAUCCGCAAGGAACUGGAGCAGCGAGGAGUAAGUGUCAAAGCAAGCACAUUGGGCGAGGCAUCAGUCAAAGUCGGGCCCGAAUCGCGCGUGGUGCUGCUUCUUGACGAGGAGCAUCUCUUGGCCAAAGUCAGCGAGAAGGACUUGAAGAUCUUCCAGCAUCUGGCACGGAAUGCGGCAAGCUUGGUUGUUCUCACGAGUUGCGGUACAGUCAAUGGACGCAAUCCAGAUGGUGCCCUGAUCCCCGGUCUGCUCCGUGUGCUCCAAAACGAGAAUCCUGCAACCCAGUACAUGUCCGUCGACGUCGACGCGGACAGAUUCGAACUUGGAGAAGCCGAAGCCAAUAAUCUUGCUCGCUGCAUCGUCGAUCGUGAGUUCAAACUGAGCGGAAGCGUCCCUGCUGACGAUCUGGAGGGUGACCCGAGUGACCGUGAAUAUAGCUGGCAUGACGGCUGCCUCUGGGUUAGUCGCCACGUGCCGGACGCGGGUUUCCACUCACAGCACGGUGUGGACAGCCGAAGCAAGAAGCCGGAGCUGCUGCCGCUUGGUAGUCAAGGCGCUUUGAGAGCCACCUUCGAAACGCCCGGCGUGCUGAAUUCGUUGUGUUUCAAGUCCUCUGAGGAGAUUCUGCAGCCCUUGCCGCCAGACUUUGUCGAUGUGGCCGUUUCUGCCGUUGGCCUGAACGCGCGCGACCUGGACCACUGGACGGGCCGCGUGGACGGAAACAGCCUAUCCUCUGAAUAUGCGGGCGUCAUCACGGCGGUAGGCGCUGCCGUCGAUGGCUUGAAGAUUGGUGACCGUGUUUACGGUCUAGGAAGAGGCAGCUUCGGCAAUCACACACGCGUACCGGCUACCUUCGCAAGCAAGCUUCAGCCGGGCGAUGACAUGGUGAAGAUGGCUUCCAUGCCGGUCGCAUACGCCACGGCGAUCUAUGCUUUUGAUCACGUCACUCACCUCCGAAAGGGGCAGUCGGUGCUUAUCCAGUCAGGGGCAAAGGAUGUAGGGUUGGCAUCAAUCUGCCUUGCCAAAGCAAAAGGGGCCGAAGUCUUUGCCACGGUUGACACUGCCGAACAAGCGAGCUCCCUCAUCGACAAACUGGCCCUUCCAGCGUCCCACGUCAUCUCAGCACCUAGCCUGACAGCCCUGCGCCGCGCUGCACAAGAAACACGCAAGGGCAAAUUCGAUGUCGUUGUCAAGAUUGAUCAGGGCGAACUCCCGGAUCAGUUCUUGCAAGUGCUCGCACCUCUGGGCCACUUGAUUGAGAAUGCUUCCUACUCCUCAAUCGACCUUUUCGCUGUUCUCGACUCCGACCCGACCUUGGGUGCUGAGUUGAUGCAGAGUCUCGAUAGCUAUCACCGCCAAGGACUCAUUGGGCCAAUCCCGCAGCUUACAGCAGUGGAUGUUGCUCAGUUGUCCACAGUGAUUGGGAACUUCGCCAACAUGACCGGCAAGCUUGUUGUGGGCUUCGAGAACCCUGACAGUCUCGUCAGAACGAUCCCCUCGGGCCCCACAGUCCGCUUUGACCCUGAGGCGUGCUAUGUCAUCGUCGGAGCUUUGGGGGGCUUGGGCCAGUCCCUGAUUCGGUGGAUGGGAGAUCGGGGCGCGAGACACAUGGCGCUUCUUUCUCGCCGGCACGUUUCCAGCGUUCCUGGAGCUCAGGAGCUUGUCGAAACCCUAGCCAGCCGCGACAUCCACGUCGAGGGCUUCGUCUGCGACGUCAGCCAAAAAGAACAAGUCGCGCAUGUGAUCCAGAAACUCUCCACAACACGUCCUAUCAAGGGCGUCGUGCACGCGGCUGUUUCGUAUCUCGACCUCACAUUUGAUAAGCUCUCGGCCGAACGGUGGAACGAUGGUCUGUCAGCCAAGGUGGACGGAACCAAAAACUUGCACGAAGCAACCCUCUCCAUGCCUCUUGACUUCUUCGUCAUGAUCACCUCGGCCCUGUCGGUAUACGCAUUUGCAACGCAGGGCGCGUACACUGCAGCCAACAAUUUCCAGGAUGCCUUCGCAAGAUACCGCCAACAACUGGGCUUGCCCGCAUCGACUGUCUCGUUCAGUUUGAUUCGGGAAAUUACGACUGUGGGCACAACCGACCUGACAGUCAACCUCUUUGAGCGCAACAAGACCCUGACGAUAGGCGAGUCCCAGUUCUUGACUCUCCUUGAGCCGGCAUUCCUGAACAACAGGACGGCGGAAAAGGCGAGCCCAGAGCAGUGGUUUGGACAACAGGAUGAUCCGCUGUCGGCGGCAAAUCUGCACACCUACCUUGAUCCCAUGGCCAUGGCGGCCCGGGCAAGCCGCGAACUGCAGGCAGAAGGCUCCGCGGCCGACAGGACACCGGGCUGGUACAGUGACGGGAGAAUCGCCCUGAUAAUGCGGGCCUUUAGGGAUGCGCAACGCGAAAAGCAGUCUGCCGGCUCGGGUGCAUCGCUAGAUGAAGGAUCCAAGAACACGGCCGCUUCUGUGCGCAAGGAGUUUGACGCGGCUGUUCGGGAGGGUGCCUCUGGACGGGCGGCCACGGUUGCACUUGUGGAGAAAGCCAUCAUCCGCGCCGUUGCUGAGAUGCUGUUCGUUGAUGCGGAGGGCAUUGACCCGGCCAAGAGUGUGGCAGAGUUGGGCGUGGACAGUCUGAUUGCGGCCGAGCUACGCAAUUGGUUCCUUAAAGCGCUCGGGACUCAGAUCAGUAUGCUUGAAUUGCUCGAUCCCGGGAUUUCGAUCAGUGCGCGGGCUGCCAGCAUAACCGACAAGGCGCUCGAGGCGAAGGCAUAG